AGUCUCAACAUGGCCUCAAAACCACAAUAGCUUACCGAAGUUAAUUUAGACUUCCUUUUCUCUCCCUAUAGACCGUUGUUAAGGCUUCAGAGUAUCUACCGUGUAACUUCACUUAGAAAAUUCACGAUGAACUACAUAUCAAAUCUCGUCAAUUCCGACUCAAUAAUCAACCCGCUACUCGACAAUGGUUACCUCCCUCACGCCGUCAUUCGUGUUGGUAUCAGACGCCAGCUUGCCGAUCGCUUGCAGUCAAUAGCCACCACAUCCCUCGAAGCAGGCUACGAGUCAAAGAUGAAGUAUGUGAACCUUCUUCGUAACCGGCCAAUCGCUAUUGAGACGAGUACCGCAAACGAGCAACAUUACGAGGUAGGCACCAGCGUUUUGAAGGGCAUGCUGGGCCCGCGGAUGAAGUACUCGGCUUGUUCGUAUGAGAAGGGAGGCGAGACGCUGGCGCAGGCCGAGAUUGCAAUGUUGAGACUGUAUGUUGAAAGAGCCGAGCUGAAGGACGGGAUGAGUAUCUUGGAUCUUGGCUGUGGCUGGGGUUCUGCAUCCCUCUACUUUGCUGAGAUCUUCCCGAACGCAAAGAUCACAGCUUUCUCCAACUCUCGCACACAGAAAGAAUAUAUUGACGGCGUCGCCAAAUCCAAAAACCUCACCAAUCUACAAGUCAUUACUGGCGAUGUGGUCGACUACGAAUUUGAGCCCUCAAGCUUCGACAGGGUCGUCUCAAUUGAACUCUUUGAGCACAUGAAAAACUACCAACUGCUACUUCGCAAAGUCUCCACCGCCCUCAAGCCCGGCGGGAAAUUGUUUGUUCAUAUCUUCGCGCACGCCACCACCCCGUAUGAUUUUGAGAGUGGAUGGAUGACGGAGCAUUUCUUCACGGGCGGCACUAUGCCGUCUGCGGAUCUGUUGUUGUACUUUCAGGAUGACCUGAAGGUCAAACGGCAAUGGUGGGUGAAUGGAGUGCAUUACGCAAAAACGUGUGAGGAUUGGUUGGUGACGAUGUGUCAGAACAAAGAAGAAAUUUGGCCAGGUUUGUUAGAGACUUAUGGGCACGAGGGGACGAUAACGUGGUGGAAUAGGUGGCAGGUGUUCCAUCUUGCAUGUGCCGAGUUGUUCAAGUGGUCGGGUGGUGAUACAUGGGGCGUGAGCCACUAUCUCUUCGAAAAGCCAGCAUAGUCUAGUUCGUGUAGAAACAUCAAUAGGGCAGUGAU